GAGCUCGCGAGUUUAAGCAAACGGCAAAAUAGCAAGAAAACGCGAUUCAGCAAAAGUCAGUUCAGCUCAAUCGGCGAUCACAGUUCACCGCAUCGAUGCAGGGAGGGUCGUCGGGCGUUGGCUAUGGCCUCAAGUACCAGGCCAGGUGCAUCUCCGACGUGAAGGCCGACACCGACCACACCAGCUUCCUCACCGGAACCCUCAGCCUCAAGGAAGAGAACGAGGUCCAUCUGCUGAGGCUCUCGUCGGGCGGUACGGAGCUGAUUUGCGAGGGCUUGUUCUCGCACCCGAACGAGAUUUGGGACCUCUCCUCCUGCCCCUUCGAUCAGCGCAUCUUCUCUACUGUUUUCUCCACUGGUGAAUCUUAUGGAGCCGCUGUAUGGCAGAUUCCUGAGUUAUAUGGACAGUUGAAUUCUCCUCAUUUGGAAAAAAUUGCCUCACUUGAUGCGCAUUCACGCAAGAUCAGUUGUGUUCUCUGGUGGCCGUCUGGAAGGCAUGACAAGUUGAUUAGUAUUGAUGAGGAAAACAUCUUCUUAUGGAACUUAGAUUGUUCAAAGAAGUCGGCUCGGGUCCAUUCACAGGAGUCUGCUGGUAUGCUGCACUACCUCUCUGGUGGAGCAUGGGAUCCACAUGAUGUAAAUACUGUCGCUGCAACCUGUGAAUCAUCAAUCCAAUUUUGGGAUCUUCGGACUAUGCAGAAAGCAAAUUCACUAGAAUCUGUCCAUGCUCGUGACCUAGACUACGACACACAAAGGAGGCAUUUACUUGUUACCUCCGAGGAUGAAUCUGGUUUACGCGUAUGGGAUCUUAGAAUGCCUAAAGCUCCUAUUCAAGAGCUUCCUGGUCACACACACUGGACUUGGGCUGUUAGGUGUAAUCCUGAGUACGAAGGACUGAUUCUGAGUGCAGGUACAGACUCGGCUGUCAAUUUGUGGUGGUCAUCUGCUGCGAGCAGUGAUGAGCUGAUAUCUGAGAGGUUAAUUGACUCACCUACCAGAAAGCUCGACCCAUUGCUCCACUCAUACAAUGACUAUGAAGACAGUGUUUAUGACCUAGCGUGGAGUUCACGAGAACCAUGGAUUUUUGCAUCAGUGUCAUAUGAUGGGCGGGUGGUUGUAGAAUCAGUGAAGCCCUACCUGUCCAGAAAAUGAGUUCUGGGACAUUAAAUUAGAAUAUUUUCUCGAAUCAUUGAUUUUGAGCAAGGUAUGGUUGAGAGAGCAUGUAUCUUCUACCAAGCCUUGGAAAGCUCUCUGAUUUUGGAUCGUUAAAGUGAAAUUUGCAACCGAUUAAGGCAAGAUCUGUUAGGCCAUACGUGCUUUCUGAAACUGUAUUCAACGAGCAUUAUUUCGCUGACACCUGAAGGAAAAAAAUUGAUUAGAUCACUAUAAAACUUUUGCCGGGUUGUUUUUGCUUCCUUCACAACUUUCUGAUGGAAUGCUUAUGUACUGGCUCUCUACUUCAUACAUGGAGGGAGGCUCUUCAUUGUAUUUUUCUCCAUUGAUUGUCCCGAGGAAAUUCUUGCUCAAUUGGAAGACGGUACUUUGUAGAGGAAGUAAGCUAUUCUUUUGCUGCUA